CAAAAACUUUCUAUUAUCUCACUUCCGCGAUUACCGUAAUCUCUGUCACACACAGAACCAAAACACUCUCUCUCUCUCUCUCUCUCUCUCUCACUCAGACAUUCAUUCUCGAGAUAUGAGAAGACGACUACUACGAUGAACACGACGCCGUUUCACUCGGAUCCUCCUCCUCCUCCCUCGAGGAUCCAGCGUAAGCUCGUCGUCGAGGUUGUUGAAGCUCGCAAUAUCCUCCCUAAAGAUGGCCAAGGAAGCUCUAGCGCUUACGUCGUCGUCGAUUUCGAUGCUCAGAAAAAACGAACCUCCACCAAGUUCCGUGACCUCAACCCUGUCUGGAACGAGAUGCUCGAUUUCGCCGUCUCCGAUCCCAAAAACAUGGACUACGACGAGCUCGAUGUCGAGGUUUACAACGACAAGAGAUUCGGCAACGGUGGUGGCCGGAAAAAUCAUUUUCUCGGUAGGGUUAAGAUCUAUGGGAGCCAGUUCUCGCGAAGAGGUGAAGAAGGUCUUGUGUAUUUCCCCUUGGAGAAGAAGAGUGUGUUCAGCUGGAUUCGCGGCGAGAUUGGACUCAAAAUCUACUAUUACGACCAAGCCGCCGACGACGAUAUGGCCGUUGGAGGCGGAGGCCAGCAACAACAGCAACAACAACAAUUUCAUCCUACGCCGGAGCAAGAUGCUGAUGAACAGCAUCAUCAUCAACAACAACAACAACAACAGUUUCAUCCUCCGCCGCAGCAGAUGAUGAAUUUACCACCGGAGAAACCUAAUGUAGUUGUGGUUGAAGAAGGUAGGGUUUUCGAAUCGGCUCAGAAUCAUAGCUAUCCAGAGACUCAUCAGCAACCCCCGAUGGUUAUCGUUGAAGAGUCACAACCGCAACAGGUAAUGCAAGGUCCAAACGAUAACCAUCCUCAACGGCCGCCGUCUCCGCCGCCACCUCCAUCUACGGGGGAAGUACAUUAUUAUCCUCCGGAAGUGAGGAAGAUGCAGGUAGGUAGACCUCCCGGCGGCGAUAGAAUUAGGGUUACGAAGAGGCCGCCGAAUGGGGAUUACUCGCCUAGGGUUAUCAAUAGCAAAACUGGAGGAGGAGAGGCGACGAUGGAGAAGAAGGCUCAUCAUCAUCCUUACAAUCUCGUUGAGCCAAUGCAGUAUCUCUUCGUCCGGAUUGUGAAGGCGCGUGGCUUGCCCCCUAACGAGAGCGCGUAUGUCAAGGUACGGACGUCGAACCAUUUCGUCAGGUCUAAACCGGCCGUUAACCGGCCCGGCGAAUCGGCUGAUUCUCCGGAGUGGAAUCAGGUUUUUGCUCUUGGUCAUAACCGGUCUGAUUCUGCUGUGACCGGUGGUGCCACUCUUGAGAUCUCUGCUUGGGAUGCUUCGUCGGAGAGUUUUCUCGGAGGAGUUUGUUUCGAUUUAUCAGAAGUUCCGGUUCGUGACCCGCCGGAUAGUCCGCUUGCUCCUCAGUGGUAUCGGCUUGAAGGCUCAGCUGCGGAUCAGAAUUCAGGGAGAGUUUCUGGUGACAUUCAGCUCUCUGUUUGGAUUGGUACUCAGGUAGAUGAAGCUUUUCCGGAGGCGUGGAGCUCCGACGCUCCGCAUGUAGCUCAUACGAGGUCUAAGGUGUAUCAAUCCCCGAAGCUUUGGUACUUGAGAGUGACUGUUCUUGAAGCGCAGGAUUUACAUAUUGCUCCCAACCUUCCGCCAUUGACUGCGCCUGAGGUCCGUGUGAAAGCUCAAUUAGGGUUUCAGUCUGCGCGUACAAGACGAGGCUCAAUGAAUAAUCAUAGUGGUUCGUUUCAUUGGCAUGAGGAUAUGAUCUUCGUAGCCGGGGAGCCGUUGGAAGAUUGUUUGGUUCUGAUGGUGGAAGACAGGACGACUAAAGAAGCAACGCUUUUAGGACACGCCAUGAUCCCAGUGAGCUCCAUCGAGCAGCGAAUUGAUGAACGUUUUGUGCCUUCGAAAUGGCACACUUUGGAAGUAGAAGGUGGAGGUGGAGGAGGGCCAGGAGGAGGUGGACCUUAUUGUGGAAGGAUUAGCCUAAGACUCUGUCUUGAAGGUGGGUAUCACGUGCUUGAAGAGGCAGCGCAUGUGUGCAGCGAUUUCCGUCCCACAGCUAAGCAGCUCUGGAAACCGCCUAUUGGAAUACUUGAGUUGGGGAUUCUUGGAGCUCGUGGGUUGUUGCCAAUGAAGGCUAAAAAUGGAGGGAAAGGUUCCACUGAUUCUUAUUGUGUUGCUAAGUAUGGCAAGAAAUGGGUCCGGACUCGAACCAUAACAGACAGUUUCGACCCGAGAUGGCAUGAGCAGUACACUUGGCAGGUUUAUGAUCCUUGCACCGUGCUAACUGUUGGAGUAUUCGAUAAUUGGAGAAUGUUCUCCGACGCCUCUGAUGAUAGACCCGACACACGGAUUGGGAAGAUACGGAUCAGGGUCUCGACGUUGGAGAGCAACAAAGUGUACACCAAUUCGUAUCCUCUGUUGGUCUUGUUACCUAGCGGUCUGAAGAAAAUGGGUGAAAUCGAAGUGGCAGUCCGGUUCGCAUGCCCGUCGCUGCUGCCUGAUGUUUGCGCAGCUUAUGGACAGCCGCUUUUGCCUCGGAUGCACUACAUAAGGCCUCUAGGUGUAGCACAACAAGAUGCAUUAAGAGAAGCCGCCACAAAAAUGGUAGCAGCUUGGUUGGCUAGAGCAGAACCACCAUUGGGACCUGAGGUGGUUCGAUAUAUGUUAGAUGCAGAUUCGCAUGCGUGGAGCAUGAGAAAGAGCAAAGCAAAUUGGUAUAGAAUUGUUGGUGUUUUAGCUUGGGCAGUGGGUUUAGCUAAAUGGUUGGAUAAUAUCCGGCGGUGGAGGAAUCCUGUGACAACGGUGCUAGUCCAUAUUCUAUAUCUGGUUCUUCACUUCGAGCCGGCUGAAAUUGGUAUGCUGGCUAGAUGUUUUUGCACCCCCAUAAAGAUCGGCCUUAUGUUAAAAGCUGUUGCAUAG